AUGUCUUCAUUAUCAGUUCAGUUGACGGCGCCGAAUGGCCGCGUAUGGAUGCAGCCUACCGGCCUCUUCAUCAACAAUCAAUGGGUGAAGUCGUCCAACGGCGAGAAGAUUGCCAGUAUCAACCCUGCGACAGAGAAGGAAAUCACAUCCGUUCAUGCUGCUUCCGAGCAGGAUGUCGACACCGCCGUCAAGGCUGCGCGCGCUGCCCUUAACCACCCUAGCUGGCGCGACCUGCCGGGAACCGACCGUGGCAAGAUGAUGAACAAACUUGCUCAGCUUAUCGAGGAUAACCGGGAGACUCUGGCUACCAUUGAGACCUGCGACAACGGAAAGCCUUAUACUGUUUCCCGCGACGAUGACUUGACUGAGACUGCCGAGACUAUCCGCUACUACAGCGGAUAUGCCGAUAAAAUCUUCGGUCAGGUCAUCAGUACCACCCCGGACAAGUUCGCCUACACCGUGCGCGAGCCUGUGGGUGUCUGCGGACAGAUCAUUCCAUGGAACUUCCCUCUCUCCAUGGCCGCAUGGAAGCUCGGCCCCGCCCUAGCCUGCGGUAACACCGUCGUCCUCAAGCCCGCCGAACAGACCCCCCUCUCCAUCCUAUUCCUCGCGAACCUGAUCGUGGAAGCUGGCUUCCCCCCAGGCGUUGUGAACAUUGUGAACGGCCACGGCACCGUCGCUGGCGCCGCCCUCGCCUCUCACAUGGACGUCGACAAGAUCGCCUUCACUGGGAGUACCGCGACCGCUAAACAUAUCAUGAAGAUGGCGAGCAAUAACCUGAAGAACAUUACCCUGGAGACCGGCGGCAAGAGUCCCCUGAUCGUCUUCAAUGACGCCGAGCUCGACCUUGCCGUGGAGUGGGCUCACAUCGGUAUCAUGUAUAAUCAGGGUCAGGUCUGUACCGCUACCUCGCGUAUCUUGGUUCAGGAUGAGAUUUACGAUAAAUUCGUCGAUGCCUUUAAGAAGCAGAUUAAGAAGGUCUCUAUCGUCGGCGAUCCCUUUGACGAGAAGACCUUCCAAGGUCCUCAGGUUACUAAGUCCCAGUAUGAGCGAAUCAUGUCCUACGUUGAUGUGGGCAAGUCUGAGAAGGCUACGCUUGCCGUUGGUGGUAAGCCCUUCCAGGCUGGUGAGGGAAAGGGUUUCUUCUUCGAGCCUACCGUCUUCACGGAUGUUACCCCCAACAUGCGCAUUUACCAGGAAGAGGUCUUUGGUCCUUUCGUCUGCAUUGCGCGCUUCAAGAAGGAAGAAGAUGCGGUGCAGAUGGCUAAUGAUACGAUGUAUGGUCUUGGAAGUGCUUUGUUCACCACCAAUUUGACUCGCGCGCAUCGCGUUGCGAAGCAGAUUCAGGCGGGUAUGGUGUGGAUCAACUCUAGCAACGAUAGUGAUUGGCGCAUUCCUUUUGGUGGUGUCAAGCAGAGCGGUAUUGGUCGGGAAUUAGGCGAGGCCGGCUUGGAUGCAUACUCCGCUAUCAAGGCUGUCCAUAUGAAUAUGAAGUCUAAGCUUUGA